AUGUUACCCCUGCAGGUUCUNCUUGCCAUCAUCUACUCGACGGAGUCGUGCGUGAAGCCAGUGACCGCCGCGAAAAGGGUCGUACCUUUCGAACUCUUGCUGCGACGGCUGGAGCGGUACAAGUUGAACAGCUUGGACAGGUUCCUGACCCGGGCGUACUACGCAAGAAUGCGGAAGAUGAAUGCUUUAGCUUCUGGGAUAGUCGUGAAACUGGACAAGAUGUACCGGAACAAUCCUGAGGUUACUCUGCUGCGAGGCGUGUUGCUGAUGUCUGACAGGGAAUGGAGAGAGGCUGUGGGUGUGCUGAAAUAUGCGAUUGAGCUGGCGCCUUACAGGUUCGAAUCUUAUGAGAUGCUAGUGGAAGCUUACUUGUCCAUCACCAUGAUCAAAGAGGCCAUCCAGGCAGCCAAGGAUUGCAUUGAGAAAAUUGGGGAGACGGAAAGGAGCUUGACGUGUCAUUGUUCGGAAGAGUCUGUGGAACUGUUGAAGAAAACUCUCGAACUCGUUCCUGAUUACAAACUGCAGGUGAAGUUGUCCAAUAUCUACAGAUGCAGGUUUCUCGAUGACGAGAAAUGUGAUGAACAUGAGCUUUUGGCGAUGAAGUGA